AUGGCGGCUAUUGCCUUCCGCGCCAAAACCGCGCACGCCAGUACAUUCGAUCACAAUCUCUCUUUCGAGAUACUCCAAUUACGUUUCGUGAACGAAUAAGCUAUACUGCUGAACGUUGUAUUGAACACCGGCUGCACUUCUAAAAAAUGAGAACUGAUAAUCUCUUCGCUUAAGAAGUGUAUGGAAAUGUCGCAGAAUGCAAUUAAUAGACACUGACGCAGACAUAGGUGUUCAAACGAAGAUGUCAACCAUGCAACCAGAAUCUCUUGAAAAAUUUAACCUUAUUGAUAAUGUAUCCAGUGAUAUUACAGAUAAUACUAACGGCAAUGAAGAAUGUCUAAAAAAACAAGAAUUCGUAAAAGUAUGUCAGAAGAAUAUUGAUGAAGAACAAAAUGCUCAGCGCACAGUAACUAGACAUUUACUAAAUGAAAAAAGGAAUGAAAAAUAUGACGAUACUAAGGAAAAAUGUGAUGAAGAAUCUGUAGAAACAAAGGAAAAAUGUGAUAAAGAAUCUGUAGAAACAAAGGAAAACAGUAAUUUCGAAGAUAGUCGUAUUAUAAGGAUUGAGAAUGACGACAAAGUUCAAGAACAAACAAAUAAUGAGGUAUCUAUUCAAUCAGAUAUACAUUCAGGUGAAGUAAUACUGGACACGGAGAUGAAAAACGUUGAUAAUGUAACAGAUAAUUCAGAAAAUGAAAGUGUUAUAAAUAAAACCAAGAAAGAAAGCCAUCCGAAUUGUGAGAUGGAACAAGAUAUACUGGACAAUACAGUAAUAGAGGAUACAAUUGAAGGACAAGAUAACAUGGACCGAAAUAUGACAGAAGAUAGAAUUGAAAAUCAAAUAAAAGAAGAUGUUGAGAUGGAUAUUACAUUUCAAGACGAUACUAAAGUCACCAACAGUUUAAAUGAAAAUAAAAUUGAUGUCAAUGUUGUAGAAAAGAGUAAAGUAGUUGAUGCAAUUGAAGAAGAAAUCAAAGAUGAUGUUGAGAUGGAUAUAACAUUUGAAAAACAAGGUGCAGAUAACAACAAUGAACCAGGAGAUAACACCGAACAACUGAAGGAUAAAUUUGAGGAACCAAAUAACGAAAAAACUGAAAAACAUGGUGGAGUCUGUACAAGAGAAACCGAAAAUAAUUCCAAAAACAAGGAUAUAAUUCAAAAAAGAAAUGAGGAUUUUGAGAUUAAUGCCAAUGUUGCAGAAGAAGGAAAAUUAAACACCAAUGUAACAGAAGACAAGAUAGAGAAUGAAAUGGUUAUAACAUUUGAAGAAGAAAAAAGAUUAAACAAAAUUUCCAAAGAAUAUGAAAUUAAGAACGAAAAUAAAGAGAAGAGUGAAAUAGAUGAAAAUAUUGAGAAACAGAAAAGAGAUGAUAUUGAGAGGGAAGUUACCUUAGAAAAACAAUAUGAAGUUAUCAGCUGUACAACAAUAACAACUAAUGAUUUUGGACUAAAAAAACUACCAAUUAAGAAUAGUGAAAAAGAUUUUUUAUUUCCGGGACAGGGUUGUGAGGAAAACAUUGAAAGAAAAGAUAAAAUUGAGGAACAAGAUAAAAAGAUCAAUGCUACCGAAUCUAAUCAAAAUAUGAUGGAAGUAACAGAAGAAGAUAAAGUAAGUACUUCAACAGAAGAUAAGAUUGAACAUGAUGCUAGGCCUAAUUGUGAGGCUAAAAAGGAACAUGAAGAAUCACCUCGUGAGAAAAUACACAGCGAGAAUGUACCUGUGCAUCUCAAACAAAUUCAGGUACAGAAUAAUGUAAAUAGAGAGCUCAUUGAGAGCAAACAAGUAAAUAAGACCAGUGCUAUGGAUGUUAACGAGAAUCAAUAUGAAGAAUAUAGUGAGAUGAAUAUAACGUCCGAACAAAAAAGUAGUCUUACAAAUAAUACGAUAAAGGAAGGGCAUAGCAAAAUAGAUGUGAGACUUGAGCGAGAUGAUUUACUUGAUAAUCUAAAAGAGAUUAGUAAUCUACAGGAACAAUAUAUUGAUAGUGUGAAGGAAGAUAGCAUUGGAAAACAAGUUAAAGAAAAUAGUGAGGCGCCAAGUAAACUUCAAGAACUGAUUACAGAAAAAGGUAUGGUACCAGAAGAACUUGACGAGAAAAGUAGACCAAACAGUAUAACAUCAUGCAGUAUAGGUGAUCCAGCUAAAAAAGAAAGUGUGAUAGAGGAUAAAUUUCUGUGUAAACAUAAUGAAAAUAAAGUUCACAAAAUAUCUUUACAAGAUGUGGAGGAAAAUCUUACAGAUGACAAUAAUGUAAAAAAAGACCAAAAGUGUAGUAAAAAAGAAAAUAAAGUCGAAAAAGAACAAACUGUUCAAGUAUGUGAAACAACAGAUGCAUUAAAAGAUUCAGGGAGUUCCAAUGAAUGUAUAAAAAAGCACGAAAAUAACAAACAACAAAAAGAAAAAGAUAGUGAUUCCAGUAAUGGUAUAGCCAAGAGAAGUGAUCAGUUUGAAAAAAUACAGGAAGUUGUCAAGGUUGAAACUCAACACAUUCAAGAAAUUGUAAAUAAAACUAAUUCAGACUUUGAUAAACUUAAUGUUGAUAAAGAAAUAAAACCAGAAUCGCGAGAUAGUAAGGAAGACAAUAAUAAAGAAAAAUGCAUAAGUAAUAGCGAAACUGAAGUAAUGGACACUGAUGAAAUAAUUGAUAUAGCUGAUGAAAAGGAUGAUAUAGAUCAAGGAAAAGAAUCACCUGAAAAUAAGGAAAAUGUCAAUGUUUCAAAACAAAAAACUGACUUGGAAGAUACUUUGUCUCGUGAAAAACCAGCAACUGAAUCACUUAUUCAAGACACAAAUGAUCAGCAAAAAAAUGUUAAAAAGUCCCGAAUUGAUAAUGUUGAGGAAAAGAAAAAACUUACACAUAUAUCCAAACUGUCCAACACACUUGACAUUUUGUCUGAUGAAGAAGACAGUAUACUAAAUGACAAACCUCAGAAGAAUGUUUCUGGUAAUGAUGAGAAACAAUGUUCAAGUAUAAAUAUAGAUGAUGAUGACGAUAUAAUGUUAAUUGAUGAUGAACCAAAGUAUAGGAAUGAUAAAAACCAGCCUGAAAGUUUACCUGAACCAGAAAGUAAGGUUGAUUCGAAAGAAGAUACUAUAAUUGAAUCUAAAGACAAAGAAGAACAAUGUACAGAAAUUUUCGAAAGUAAAAAAGAUUCAAUAAAAAUAGAAUCGACCACUCCUGGUGAAAUAAAAACGAGUGAACCUGAACAAGAAGGAACUCCAAUACAAAAAAAACCAUUGGUACAAUUAAAUUUCUUAAAGUCAUGCAUAAAAAAUUUAGGUGAUAUGACACGAGACGAACUUGAAGAAUUCUGUAUCCUCAAAAUUGUUGAAAGUGUUGUUGAUCGAAGUAAUUUAAGUGAAAUAAAAUCCCAAUUGAAAACUAUGGCGCAAAAUAUCGAAGAAUAUAAGAAAAAAGCUUCAAUACUGGCAAAACAAAACCGAGAUUUACAGGUGGUCAUUAAAUCAGUACAAGAAGAACAAAAGAAAAAGUCUAAUAUGCCAAUAACUCCAUUAAAAAUAACAAGGUCUGUUGGAAUGCAGGUAUUAAUGACUGACAAAAUAGCAGUGCGAAAGAAAAUACAAAAUACUAAUCAAAACAGUGCUCCAAAUAGUGGAUCUAAUCGGCAAGGAAAAGCAACGACGAAUCCAACGAAACUUCAGAAAAUGCUAACAAGUGCAAAUAAUUCCCCACCAAUUCCAGUACCUAGAUUAGUGCCAGCCGGGAACAAUAAUAAUUCAAAUAAUGUUAAAACACAAUCUCCCAGUACAAAUACAGCAGGAAAAUCACAAGCCACAGGCUCUACAACAAAUUCGCCAAUGCAAACUGUAUCCAAUGGUCUACUAGCAGCAACUCCGCCUGCACAAAAACCGGAAAAAAGACCACACAGUCGAAUGCAACAGGGUAAUAAUUCCUUGCUCAAUACAGUUGAUCUGACAGAUGAUGAGCCACCCACCAAAGUUGUUUCACGAAAUAUUGCUCCACCGGUUCGACUGGUACCUCCACAGAAUUUGCUAGCACCUAAUAGACAACCUUUUGGAGCAAAUGCGAGCAAUCCUCGAAAAGUGUAUAUACCUAUAAGUGGCUCGCAAACACCAGUUGGCGUUAAACCAGGACAGACAAUUAUGUUGAAAACUAUUUCGCCUCAAGGUCCAAGACAAAGAGUGCCUACACCUUUGAUUGUUAAAUCAAAUCAAAAUCCUACUACAGUGAGAAUGCAGAGAGUGACGAGCCGUCACCCAGCACCUCUGCCAGAUUCAGUUAAGCAAUAUCAACCUCUCAAUUGGAAAGCUUUGCCACCAUCUCCUGAGCUCAAAUUAUCAAAAGUAGAAAAUGGCAUUGUAAUAUCGUGGAAGAUAGACAGAUACCUAGAGGAGGACUAUGAAGAAAUCGCUAGUUAUCAAUUGUACGCUUAUCAGGAGACAUCGUCGCCACCCAGUACUACGCUUUGGAAAAAAAUUGGCGAUGUCAAGGCUCUGCCAUUACCUAUGGCGUGCACGUUAACGCAGUUCAUGUCCGGAUAUAAAUACUACUUCGCAGUUAGAGCUGUCGAUAUCAGAUCUCGCUUAGGGCCAUUUAGCAUGCCAGCUAGUAUACUCCUCUUGGAUAAAAUGUAAGACUGAUUUGUAAUUUUUUAUUAUACCACAGGUGUUUUUUUAUUUACGUUAUUUGUGUAUUGUA